AUGCCAAGCUGGCCUGCCAACCUCCAAGGGAUCUACCAAUACCAGCCACCCAUCUGUCCGUUGGACCCCACUGGUCCGCAGACGCCACCCGCCAUCCCGACCCCUGGUCCGCAGACGCCACCCGCCAUCCCGACCCCACUCGACGAAGAAGGUGGAGGUCGGGCUGACUUGCCAUUCAGAAGGGGUGGAAAGCUCGAGCCGGCGGAGUCGGAUGGCGACCUCACAAAGACUUUGGACGCCUCACAGUGCUUCAGUCUCAUAAUCGUUGUCGUGAACCUCUUCUGA